AUGAGGUUGCAUGAGGAGAUUUUGCAGAAAGAAGAAGCUGAGAACAACCUGGCUGCUUUCAGAGCGGAUGUGGAUGCUGCCACUUUGGCCCGGCUGGACCUGGAGAGACGCAUUGAGACGCUGCAGGAGGAGAUUGCCUUCCUGAAGAGGAUCCACGAAGAGGAGAUCCGUGAGCUGCAGAAUCAGAUGCAGGAGACUCAGGUCCAGAUCCAGAUGGACAUGUCCAAGCCGGACCUCACAGCAGCACUGAGAGACAUCAGGGCGCAGUAUGAGGGCAUUGCUGCCAAGAACAUCGCAGAGGCUGAAGAGUGGUACAAAUCCAAGGUUUCGGACCUGAACCAGGCUGUGAAUAAGAACAACGAAGCCCUCAAACAGGCCCGCCAGGAGACCAUGGAGUUCAGACACCAGAUCCAGGCCUACACCUGCGAGAUUGACUCACUUAAAGGCACGAAUGAGUCCCUGAUGAGGCAGAUGAGAGACAUGGAGGACCGCCAUGGACGCGAGGCCGGAAACUUCCAGGACACCAUAGCGAGGCUGGAGGCUGAGAUUGCAAACAUGAAGGACGAGAUGGCACGCCACCUCCGGGAGUACCAGGACCUUCUCAACGUAAAGAUGGCCCUGGACGUGGAGAUCGCCACCUACAGGAAGCUGCUGGAAGGGGAGGAGAGCAGGAUCGCCCUGCCGAUGCAAAGCUACUCCACCCUGACUUUCAGAGAGACAAACCCAGAACACCAGCAGCGCUCCUCUGAGAUGCACUCAAAGAAAACAGUCCUGAUCAAGACCAUUGAGACCCGAGAUGGAGAGGUGGUCAGUGAGUCGACGCAGCAACAGCAGGACAUCAUGUGAGGACCUGAAGAGGAC